CGAUGCUCAGCAAGUAGCAAUACUGUGUCAGUAUAUCAGCUUGUCCAACAUGCCGCAUAAGCAUACAAGGCGAGAGAAAGACGAGUCGACUUUCGACCUCCCCCCGACGCAAAUCGCUAAACCGUUACCCCCGACCACCAUUUCUAAAAAAAAGGCGGCCGAGAGGAAGACUGUUGACGCCGGGAAAAAAAGCGGUCAGAAGAGGAAGCGGAGCGAAAAAGAUCUUGACGAUGCGCCCCGCGCCUUCAAGCGCCUCAUGGCUCUCGCCAACGGCAAGCUACCGCGGUCCGGGCUAGACAACGGUGAUGCACCGGAAAACGGCAAGGGCAAGGGCAAAGGCAAGAAAGCCAAAUCUACAGCCAAUUCCACCGAGGCAGCAAAGUCGACCUCUGGCUCAGUCACAGCCGAAGACCUCAAGAUCCGCCCGGGCGAGCGCCUCUCCGAGUUCAGCCGGCGCGUUGACGCGGCCCUGCCCAUCAGCGGCCUGGUGAAUAAGACGGUCAAGAACGGCAAGGACCCGCUCGGUCUGAAGGUGCGGCAAACCAGGAAGGAGCGCAAGAUGCAGAACAUGUACGCCGAGUGGCGCGAGAUCGACCGCAAGAUACGGGAGCGGCGCGAGGAAGAGCGCGAGCUGGCCGAGGAGAAGGAGAUGGAGAACGAGGCCGCCCUCGGCGUGUCGUGGAAGCUGGAGCUCGAAGGACAGGGCAAGAAGAAGAAGAAGAAGAAGGGCAAGAGAGGGAAGUUUAUCGGCGAGCAGGGCGAUCCGGACGAGGAUCCCUGGGAAGAGCUUCGGAAGAAGAGGGGGGAGCAGAAGAUUGGCCUUCACGAUGUCGCGCAGGCUCCGCCGGAGUUAAAGUUGCCGAAGAAAAACCUGCUCGUUCGCGGGGCCACGGUGGCGGUUGAGGAUAUUCCCAAAGCCGCAGGCAGUCUGCGGAAAAGGGAGGAGCUGCAGAGCAUCCGGCAGGAGGUGGUGGCGUCGUACCGGAAGCUGAUGAGCGAGAGGAGGCCUACCGUCGGCACAUGAUAUAUUCAAGGCGGAGAGGGAGCAGCGACAGGACCACUGAGGAUGGGAGGGUGAAUAUGGUUGAGAUAUCGGAAUUCGCAAGCUGUCCUGGGGACAAGCUAUCGUCAAAAUAAAUGGCAACUCAUGAAAAUUUCCUACCAAGGUAUGGUAGGUAUGGGGAGAAAGUAUCCCGAGAGUUUCUUUCCUAUCGAUUUCGAGCUGGCACAUUUCCAAAGCCUCUACCUCUACGUUUGAGCAAUUGCUGUAAAACAGCC